CCGCCGCGCCUCGCCGCCUUCCCUACCUCCCUGAGCGACUGCCAGACGCCCACGGGCUGGAACUGCUCCGGUUAUGAUGACAGAGAAAACGAUCUCUUUCUCUGCGACACCAAUACCUGUAAAUUUGAUGGGGAGUGUUUAAGGAUUGGAGACAGUGUGACUUGUGUCUGUCAGUUCAAGUGCAACAGUGACUACGUGCCCGUGUGCGGCUCCAACGGGGACACCUACCAGAACGAGUGCUACCUGAAGCAAGCCGCCUGCAAGCAGCAGAGCGAGAUCCUGCUGGUCUCCGAAGGCUCCUGUGCCACAGAUGCAGGCUCAGGAUCUGGGGAUGGAGUCAAUGAAGGCUCAGGUGAAACCAAUCAAAAAGAGACAUCGACCUGUGACAUUUGCCAGUUUGGGGCAGAGUGUGAUGAAGAUGCAGAGGAUGUUUGGUGUGUGUGCAACAUUGACUGUUCUCAAACUAACUUCAAUCCUCUCUGUGCUUCCGAUGGGAAAUCUUAUGAUAAUGCGUGUCAAAUCAAAGAGGCGUCGUGCCAGAAACAGGAGAAAAUUGAAGUCAUGUCUUUGGGUCGAUGUCAAGAUAACACAACAACAACUACAAAAUCGGAAGAUGGGCAUUACGCGCGAACAGACUACGCAGAGAAUGCGAAUAAACUGGAGGAGAGCGCGAGAGGCAUCUAUAUCCCUUGUCCAGAGCACUACAACGGCUUCUGCAUGCACGGAAAGUGCGAGCACUCGACCAACAUGCUGGAACCGUCUUGCAGAUGUGAUGCCGGCUACACUGGACAACACUGUGAAAAAAAAGACUACAGCGUUUUAUACGUGGUUCCAGGUCCUGUUCGAUUUCAGUAUGUCUUAAUAGCAGCCGUGAUUGGGACGAUCCAGAUCGCUAUCAUCUGCGUUGUGGUCCUCUGUAUUACCAGGAAAUGCCCCAGGAGCAACAGAAUCCACAGACAGAAGCAGAACACGGGGCACUACAGCUCAGACAACACAACAAGAGCAUCGACAAGUUCUAGUGGCAAUUUUGAGUCUACUGAACUCAGUAGUAGGGUUUUGAGUUGGUCCAAGAUCAGCGACAAUUAUGGAUGUGGGAAAGGUGAAGAAUAAUUUAACCUUCAUUGAGGAGGGAUAAAAUAUUUCAGACCCGGAGUCAACUACAUUUCAUCAGCCUUCUUCUCCCCUAUCAUCAUUCACUCCCCCAUAGCUUAGGAAAUCUUUGCUUUCUAAUUUCAGUCCUAACUGAAGGGGAUGGAAAUGGAAAUUCUCAGCAAGUACCAUGGGAGGGCCAGGGUAACGUUCCCAUUUGGGAGGGMAUCAGUCAACUGUCAAGGCGAACCGUAAGCAAACCUGUUGCAGAGGCUUUGCUUCCUGGGCACCAGAGCGAGCAAAGAUUGCUUCUUUCUCUUGACUGAAAAUGAUUAGGUUAAAAAAGUUAAUAACAGCUGAAAUGUCAGCACCGUUUGUACCUCAUGAGCAUGCUGAUA